CUUUGUGAACACUAUAAAGUGAACUGACACACUUUGGCAGACGUGAGAGCACGCAUAUCAUCAGAAUGCUCUUCUUACUGGCCCUGUUCCUGUUCCCCGGUGUCCUUUGCGGUGCCUCUGUGGUAGAAUCCGUUCCUACCUAUGAGUACCGAGACCGGAUCACCAGGGAAAUUCUCACCUGUGACCAGUGUCCACCAGGCACGCACAAGGCUGCGCACUGCACCGCAACCACGCCCACCCAGUGCGUACCGUGCAGAAGUGACCACUUCACCGAGCUGUGGAACUACUUGCCCAGGUGUCUGUACUGCAACAUCCUCUGCAAUGAGAACCAGGAGGUGGAGACGGAGUGCUCAUCCGUCAGCAACAGGGUCUGUCGAUGCAAAGAGGGCUUUUACUGGACCAACGACUUUUGUAUAAGACACACCGAGUGUGGGCCGGGACACGGUGUUAAAAGGAGAGGUACGUCGCAAACGAACACGGUUUGUGAAAAGUGUUCCAAUGGCUAUUUCUCCAGCUCAUCCUCUGCGCUGGAAACGUGCGUAAAACACCAGGAGUGCGCAUAUGGGCAGAUCGUGCUCCUCCCUGGAUCAGUCUACAGUGACACAAUGUGUGGCUUCUGCGAGGACAUUGCAAAUGGAGGUGAGGCACUCAGGACAUUCCUCUGGGGAUUCUUUAACAUGCACAGGAUGCGUGUGGUAAAAAUGAAGAAACUGGUUACUAGGUACAUUCAGAAGUCGGUCCCCAGACAGAGAGGUCCUCUUCUAGAGAAAAUCAAUGUGUGGCUGGCUCAGGCUCCAGAAAAGGACCUGAGACAACUGCCAAAUAUGCUGAAAUCUUCAGACCUACACUCCAUGGCAGACAAACUAAAGAAGAGAUUCAAGGAGAUUGAGCAGCAGAGUCCAAACUGUAGCUUAAACCUGUGAUGUAUCCUCACAGACUGAUAGACUCCAUGGUAGGCCUAUGUGCAGGAGUAUAACAUGCCUCUUUCUCUGGAUGUAUAAUGUCAUACAGCAGCAUUUACUGUAGGAUGCAAUGAAAAAGAUGUUCUACUUAUAAACUGACAACAUGUAUCGUUUUCAGUGUUGCUUGUAUUUGACCUUGGGUCUGAAUGUUACUUUAGAUUUAAAAGCAGGAAAUAGCUUGAGUCCAAAUUUGGGAGCAACUUCACAACUAAAUGUGAAAUAUAAAAAAUGUCUUGUAUAUCAAACUGUGGCAUUACUCAAAUGUUAAAUAGUAAGUACAGACUGUGGUCGAUAGCUAUGACUAAAAUAAAUGUUAUUAUA